AGUAUUUACCGACAUGUUUUUUUCAUUUUACACACAUUUACAUCGGUUUUUCUUUCAACGGGAAAUUAUUUGUCGUGUUGUGGACUACUUAGUAGCAAUUAUUUGAGCAAAAUAAACCGAGACAUUUUAUCAAUCUGAAAUUCAGCACUAGUACAAAGUUUGUUUGACCUUUAAAUAUCCUCUAAAUAUGGCAGUGUCGGGACGAAAGAUUGCUGAUUUUCAAGGUUCCAUAUCCAAAGGUUCAGCAGAGGGCUUUGACCAUAGAUGUGAACCAUGUUUGGCGAUUGGUCAGCAAAUAGAAGCACAUGGAUUUUGUGUGGACUGUCAAGAAUAUCUGUGUAAGAACUGUUUUUCUUAUCAUCAAAGAACGAAGGCAUCAAAACAUCAUCAGUUGGUAAACAAAGAUAAUAUGGGUAAAUAUGCUGUUCCCGCGAAAGAUUCAGGAGUGUGCACUGAAAUGUGCCGUGAUCACAAAAAUGAAGUUAUCAAAUUUUUCUGUCCAAACCAUGAAGCACUUGGCUGCCAUUACUGCAUGACCAUGAAUCAUAGAACAUGUAAAAUUGACUACGUACCUGACAAAUGCUCAGGUAUUGGGGACAGUGCAGAGUUCAGAGAGGUGAUGAGGGAACUUGACCAGAAAGUGAAUGAGGCCGAGGAUGUUAUAAAGCUUGCCUCAUGUAGAGAAAAAGAAUUAGAUUCAUGCCAUGAAAGAUUACUCAAAGAAAUUGCAUUGUUUCGCAAAGAGAUAAAUGAUCGCUUAGACCAACUACAAAAACAAAUCCAGACAGAUGCUGACAGAAAGAAGUUCACAGAUCAACAAGCAGUAAGGAAGUUGCUUGAGACAUGCGCAAACAUUUCGUCAGAUAUCAAACAACUACAGUCAAGACUACAAGAUUACAAAGCCUCACAGCAGAAUGGACAACUUUACAUUACAAUGAAACAAGCUAAAGCCAAACUAACGUCAGACGAAAUAAAGGAGGCAGACAGAAGAUUAGAAAAGACAAACAUGCAAUACACAUUUGAGCAAAACCAAGACCUGAAAAACAUGCUUUCAAGAGAAAAUGCACUUGGAAAGCUCACAAUAUCGUCUUCUCGGAAAUCUGUUGACAAAUUAACCCACAAAGAAAACAUAGAUAUAAAGACAAAGUCAGAUCAUCAGAACAUAUGCGACAUUACAGGAUGUGUUGUCCUGUCCUAUAACAAAGUUGUGGUGGCUGACUGGAACAAUGAGAAACUGAAAGUUGUUGACAUAAAAAACAAAGCUGUACUAGAAGAGACAACACUUUCUUCGAAACCAUGGGGCAUUGCAGUAAUGCCUCAGGACCAUAUUGCUGUGACAAUGCCAGACAAGAAAGAGAUCCUUAUAAUGACAACAGCAAGUACACUAACAACUGUCCGCAAAUUUCCAGUUAAAGGAAUAUGUAAAGGUAUAGCCUAUCAUCAAGGUCAUCUCUUUGUAGUUUGCAGUGAUCCGAAGUGUGUAUUUAUUACAGAUACACAAGGUAACGUCCAGAACACAAUUAAACUGGAUAAUAAGAGAUUUGUCAGACCAUGGUACUUAUUGCUAAGUAAGGAUCUGAGACAUAUCUUCAUCAGUGACAAUGGUAGUCACAGUGUCGUCAGUAUAACAUUACAAGGUGAUAUAUCUGCUGAAUACAAAAACAAAGACUUUAAAGACCCACGGGGAAUGAUGAUGCUAGACGAUGGAUCCUUGCUGGUGUGCGGGAGUGGGAUAAAUGGCAGCAUACAUCGUAUCUCGGGUGAUAUGAAGCAAGGUCACACAAUGGUAGAUGCUCUGUCGUUCCCGUCCCAAAUGUGCCAUAAUCGUGAUCAACACGAGAUCUAUGUCGGAUGUAUUAGUGAUCAGAUGAUUGUGUUGAGUGUAAAAAAAUGUGUUUUAUGACACUGCAAACAUUUUGGAUCAUGCACAAAUACAAUAAUGUUUCAUUUUGCAUAUGCAUUCUUUAUGUGUCGAAAUGAUGUUAAAGAAAUGGCUGUAAUAAAUCUCAACAUUUAAUUCCAAAUAAUUAGAGAAAAAUAUCUGCUUACACAACAGUGAAAAUUAUCAGAAAACUGACAAUUUAAAUGAAAUUUGAAGCAGUUUCACUCUGAAUUAUUGAUAAUAUUUUCAGAUUUCCUCGUUUUGUUACAUCAGCCAUUUAAGUUGUAUAUAUUUUAAAAAAUAAUCAUUUUCAGGGGCGGAAGCAGGAUUUUGCUAAGAAAGCGUGGUAUAUUCAUUUUUAGCUCACUUGUCACGUAGUGACAGGUUGAGUUUUUGUGAUCGCCUUUCGUCCGUCGUCCGUCCGUCCAUAAUUUCUUGUGAACACGAUAGAGACCACAUUUUGCAAUUGAUUUUAAUCAAACUUGCAAACAACUUGUAUUGGCAUAAUAUUUCGGUUCCUUUCCAAAACUGGUCAGAUCGCAUUAUGUGUUCAAGAGGUAUGGCCCCUUAAAGGGCCAAAUUUCGCUAUUUUGGCUUUUGCAGCCAUAUAGAGACUUCAUUUAUGUUUUGAUUUGGUACAAACUUGCAAAAUAUCUUUAACAACAAUUGAUAUUGGAUUCCAUGAUGAAUCAGUCAUAUCCAAUCAUAGGCUCCGGAGUUACGGCCCUUGAUUGACCCCUGAAAAAGCCAAAUUUGUUAAUUUUUACCUCAUGAACACAAUAGAAGUGAUAUUUUACAUUUGAAUUAACCACACUUACAUAUAACUUAAGUCACAAUAAGAUCUCGAUUUCUUUCGAAAACCGACUAGUCUCAUCAUGGGUUCUAGAGUUGCUGCCCCUGAAAGGAACAAAAUUUUCUAGUUUGGCCCUUUCAGCCAUAUAGAGGAUUCAUUUAUGCUUUGAUUUGAUACAAACUUGCACGGAAUGUUUGUCUUAAUAAUCUCUAGGCCAAGUUUGAAACUGGGUCAUGUUGGGCCAAAAACUAGGUCACCAGGUCAAAUUAAAUGAAAAGCUUGUUAACACCCUAGAUGCCACAUUUAUGUUUCUAUCUUCAUGAAAUUUAGUCAGAAGGUUUAUUUUGGUAGUUCCUAUACCAAGUUCUAAACUGGGUCAUUUUGGUUUAAAAACUAGGUCACAAAGUCAAAUCAAUUGAAAAGCUUGUUAACACUCUUGAUGCCACAUUUAUGACCCUAUCUUCAUGAAACUUGGUCAGAAUGUUUAUCUUGAUGAUUUUUAGGCCAAGUUUGCAACUGGUUUAUGUGGGGUCAAAAAUUUGAUCACCUGCUCAAUUCAAAGGAAAAGCUUGUUAACACCAUGGAGGCCAUAUUUAUUACCAUAUCUUCAUGAAACUUGGUCAGAAUGUUUAUCUGGAUUUUUCCUAGGUCAGUUUUGAAACUGGGCCAUUUUGAAUCAAAAAAUAGGUCACCACAUAAAUCAAAGGAAAAGCUUUUUAACACUGCUGAGGCCACAUUUCUUCAUGGAACUUGGUCAGAAUGUUUAUCUUGAUGAUUCCAAGGUCAAGUUUAACAGGUGAGCGAUAUAGGGUCAUCAUGACCCUCUUGUCACAAGUUUGUACCAAACAGGUCUAAUAUUUUAAAGAUACAGUAGGCUAAAGUUUAUUUAUAUAUAUUUUUAGGGAAAUUUCUUGAAGGUCUCUUGUAGAGAUAUAAUGGUUCAAUAUUUUUUCAACUUUUACACCUUUAAAACUAUAGCUUCAGAACAAUUUUAUGAGAGAAAAAGCUGAACUGGUUAAAGAUCUUGGACUUUAUUUUUUUACUUUGAUGCUUACACAUUUGGCCAAUUUACUGAGCGGAUGACAUUAUGUAUAGACAUAGAACAGAUGUACUAGUGUUAGAGAUAAUAAAUUAUAUAAAAUAGGUAAUAUUUGAAUUCUUUGUAAGCAUGAUGUGAUGUUUGUGAUGAGAAUGAUUAGUAUAUACCGAUAGGGUGGGGUAAUCUCUGCAAGGGUUUGGUUUACAUGAAUUGCAUCAUUUUUGUCAAUCUUAUUUGCUACCUGUCAAAAACAGAUAUUCUUUAAGUAUAAUGGAGUUUUACAACAAAUUAUUAUAAGGCCUAAUUAAGCGCAUUCAGGCAGUGGACCUGUAAUGACAAGCGGCAGUUUCCGUUUGUAAACAUAUCAUCGUAUGCUAUUUCGGCAUCCUUUUGACAUCAAAGAAAAAUGCUUUUCCAUUACAACUGGAGAAUGCCGAAAUUGCAUCAGGAGAAUACGUAUUUGAACGGAAAAUACUGAAUGUUAUUCUGGAUCCACUGUGUUAAUAGCUAUGACAAGAAGCAAUAUUUGAAUAGAAAUCAUAAUUACUUUUAUGUUACAGCUUCUUGUAAAAUGAGCGCAAACACAUUUAACAUCCUUUAAAAUAAUAAAUGUCUUUACUUCAUGUUUCUCGGUGAAAAUGAAAAAUCUCACCAUUUGUAACACUGAAAUAUAUUUCACUUAAUAUUAAUGCAAGAAUUUACAUUUUCACGCCUGGCUGCACCACAUAUGAAAAUAUUUCAUUGAAAAUUAUCUCAAUGUAAAUCGAAAUAAGAUCAAAUUUUCUCUUUUUAUUAAUUUUUGUCUUCUGAGAAAUGUAUGUGAAGAUAUAUUGUACAUAAAUGUUAU